AUGAAGGUGACAGCCAUGAGAGAUCACAAAGAUCUGAAAAUUGUUCAAAGCUCACAAAUCUUUAGCGAUAUGAAAGCCUAUGAGUUUAAACAUAAACCAAAGAGCAGUGAGGAAUCAAAAACCAGGAACAUCGCUCUCGCUGCAAACCAGCAACCAGCUACGUCUAGCAGGUCGAAUUCUAACCCCUCUGAUUUCUUAUCUGAUGAGCAAUUUGCUUUAUUUGUGCAAAAAUUUAAAAGGUUCAUUAGGAAGAACAACUUUCAAGAAUUUCAAACAUCGCCAAACUCUUCAAGCCAAAGUUUUACAGAAAGAUCAUCUCAUCACAUGAAACAAGAUCAAGAGGAGGCUCAAGUGGUGUGCUAUAACUGUAGAAAGCCAGGACACUUCAAAGCAGAUUGUCCUCAUCCUAUGGUCCGCAUAUACCAGGACCAAGAACCAAACACGAGCACUCCAAAAGAAAGAAAAGACAUUGCUGAAUCGAGCAGAAGAAAUGCUAAACACGAAUCCAAUCAGUCAAAGCAUGAUAGGAGGCGAAAAGCAAUGGUCGUAAAUGAAUCAAAUGAUGUGGCUGAACCAAAACUAAGCACUUCAAGCUCAAGCUCAUAG